UCCACAAUCGCCCCCUCUCUAUUUUGCCGAGAAAAUUUUCCUACGAACUAAUACUCAAUACAAAUGCUUCCACUUUAGCUCCAUAAUUUCAGACACUUCCUCUUCUUCGAUUCAAUCUCUCCUCCUUUCUGUAUUCAAUCUGCGAGAGUGAUUAUCAAUCCAAUCCUUUUGGCUUUCUCCCCGUCCGGAAUUUUUUCCGUCAACUGUUUCUUCUUCCUUCUCCGAAUCCAACGAAGCUUGGAGGUUUCGACGAGUCCCUGACUGCCACCGUUUCUCGACGGGGAAAAAGAUUUCCAGAGAGGCAAUGCGUAAUGGUGUUGGGGUCCUUUUGGCCCUGUGGAAGAGUAUCUCUGUUUUCUUGUGAUCGUCCCUCUGUUUGGCGCGCACGGCAUCACGGAGUGUCCAUGUUUGACGAAUUGACAGAUGCUGAUGGCUCUUAGGAAAAACAUUCCGAAUGGGGAUCCGAUCUCUCUCUCUAUGAAUGCUUUGAGUUUUUCCAGAAAAUUGGCAGCCAAUGUGCAGAUUCCAGACCCAAAUACGGCUCAAAGUGUUGAGCAUGAUGUUGAUUUGGACCUACGAGAAGUUUACUUUUUGAUAGUUCAUUUACUUUCAUCUGGACCAUGUCAGAGAACAUACACGCUGUUGCGGAGUGAACUUCUUGAGCACCAGCUUCUUCCUAGAAGAUAUCAUGCUUGGUACUCAAGGAAUGGCUUGUCUAGUGGGGAUGAAAACGAUGAUGGCAUUUCUUUUCCUUUAUCAUACACUGACUUGGCGGAAAGACAUCCUCACGUAAGAAAGGAUCACUUGGUGGAGCUUCUGAAGCAAUUAGUCUCUGCUUUAAGCAGACCUUUUCCUUCACGAGGCAUUGGUGAUGGCAAGAAUCUGAAUGCAGCUGAUGUGCCGACACUUCUUGGGACUGGUUCCUUUUCCCUUUUGAGCUAUGACAAGGACCGGGGAAUAGUUGAUUUUAAACCUCCACCUAUUCGCAUGCGCUGGCCUCACAUGCAUGCUGAUCAGGUUCGUGGUUUAAGUUUGAGGGAAAUUGGAGGUGGUUUUGCCAGACAUCACCGUGCUCCAUCUAUUCGUGCAGCAUGUUAUGCCAUUGCAAAACCAUCAUCGAUGGUACAGAAGAUGCAGAAUAUCAAGAGGUUACGUGGGCACAGAAAUGCUGUGUACUGUGCUAUAUUUGAUCGUUUAGGAAGAUAUGUAAUCACCGGUUCAGAUGACCGCCUAGUAAAAAUCUGGUCAAUGGAAACUGCAUAUUGCUUGGCCAGUUGUCGAGGGCAUGAAGGUGACAUAACUGAUCUUGCUGUGAGCUCAAACAACACUUUUGUAGCAUCUGCAUCAAAUGAUUGUGUUAUUCGCAUUUGGCGUCUGCCAGAUGGGCUGCCGGUUUCUGUUCUCCGUGGACAUACUGGAGCUGUUACUGCCAUUGCGUUCAGUCCUAGGCCGGGUUCCCCAUACCAGCUUCUUUCAUCAUCAGAUGAUGGUACUUGUAGGAUAUGGGAUGCCCGGGGUACCCAGUUCGCUCCACGGAUUUAUGUGCCUAGGCCUCAAGAUGGGAAGAACAGUGGUCCUUCUUCGAGUAACACUCAGCAAAAUCACCAAAUCUUUUGCUGUGCAUUCAAUGCUAACGGGACAGUCUUUGUCACUGGCAGCUCUGACACUCUUGCUAGGGUUUACCUGGUCUGGAAUGCUAGUAAGGCUAAUAAUGAUGACAUGGACCAGCCGAACCACGAGAUAGACAUCCUGGCUGGACAUGAAAAUGAUGUUAAUUAUGUUCAGUUCAGUGGUUGUGCUGCAGGAUCUAGGUUUGCUGUGGCUGACUACUCAAAGGAGGAGAAUGUUCCAAAGUUUAAGAAUUCAUGGUUCUGUCAUGAUAACGUAGUCACAUGCUCUCGUGAUGGUAGUGCAAUCAUCUGGAUCCCAAAAUCACGGAGAUCCCAUGGAAAAAGUUGCCGGUGGACUCGAGCUUAUCAUCUCAAGGUUCCACCUCCUCCAAUGCCACCUCAACCUCCAAGGGGUGGGCCACGUCAAAGGAUUCUACCUACUCCGCGUGGGGUUAAUAUGAUUGUCUGGAGCCUAGAUAAUCGCUUUGUCCUUGCUGCUAUCAUGGAUUGCAGGAUAUGCGUGUGGAAUGCUUCUGAUGGUAGCUUGGUACAUUCUCUCACUGGUCACAGUGCAUCUACAUAUGUACUUGAUGUUCAUCCUUUCAAUCCUCGGAUAGCUAUGAGUGCUGGCUAUGAUGGGAAAACAAUAGUCUGGGAUAUAUGGGAAGGUGUGCCGAUCCAGAUAUACGAAAUUUCACAUUACAAGUUGGUCGAUGGGAAGUUUUCACCGGAUGGAACAUCAAUUAUACUUUCAGAUGAUGUUGGACAACUAUACGUAUUAAGCACUGGCCAAGGGGAGUCUCAAAAGGAUGCCAAAUAUGACCAGUUUUUUCUUGGGGAUUAUCGUCCUUUAAUUCAGGACACAUAUGGGAACGUCCUCGACCAGGAAACACAGCUUCCUCCUUAUCGGCGAAACAUUGAGGACCUUCUUUGCGAUUCAGGCAUGAUUCCAUAUGAUGAGCCAUAUCAGACAAUGUUUCAAAAACGUCGUCUUGGUUCCUUAGGCAAAGAAUGGCGGCCAUCAUCUUUAAAGCUUGCUGUGGGGCCAGACAUAACUUUAGAUCAGGACUACCAGAUGCCACCAUUGGCAGACCUAGACUUAGCGAUCGAACCUCUGCCAGAAUUUGUAGAUGCUAUGGAUUGGGAACCAGAAAAUGAGAUCUUAAGUGAUGAUAAUGAUUCGGAGUACAAUGCACCUGAAGAGGAUUCAUCUGCAGGGGAGCAGGAAAGCUCUUCAACCUCUGGUGAGUCAGUUUCUGGUUCUGGGAAAAGCGAUGAGGAGGGCGAUCAUCACAAUAGCCUUAGAAGAUCUAAGAGGAAAAAACACAAGACAGAUACUGGGAUCAUGACUUCUUCAGGCAGGCGUGUUAAAAGGAGGAACUUUGACGAGCUUGAUGGAGCUCCAAGCAAUAGCAAGCGUACUAGGAAAUCUAGUAAUGGCCGUAAAGAAUCAAAGAAAAAAUCUUCGAAAUCUAAAUCAUCAAGGCCACGGCGAGCUGCUGCACGAAAUGCCCUCACUUGGUUUUCUAAGAUUACUGGUACAUCUAAAGAUGCAGAAGAGGAAGAUGGCUCUGAAUUGAGUGAUUCAUCAGAAAGUGAAUCUACAUCGCAUGAUACAGAUACUGGGGAUAGUGAACUUGAUGGAGCUUUAUCAAAUGGACAUGGAAAGCAAUUGAAGGGAAAAGAGAUUCUUAUCUGUCAUCCAGAGGAUGGAGCUCAACAACGUGAUUUUGCAGAGUCUCAUAAUGCUGAAAGGAGGAGACUGGUGCUCAGAUUUCCUGUUCGGAAUUCAAAUAAGCUUACGCUUCUAGAGAACACACUCAGAUCAUCCUCUGAUGUUCCAUUUCCAUCUUCAGAUAAUGUUAGUGUCAAAGACUUGGUGGAUUCUGAGAGCUCUAAGAUUCACUCGGACCAACGUGAAGGAUUGGAUGUGGGUAAAAUCAAGUGGGGAAUGGUUAAAACUCGUACAUCAAAGAGAAAAAGAGCUAGCAAAGCCAUGUUGCCAAGUAGAUUUACUAGCUCUAACUUGCUGGAAAAGGAAAGUAAUGUUAGUGAACACAUGAACCACCAUGAUAAUGGUGACAUAACUCCUAGUUGUGCUGGAGUUCAGAGGGAUAUGGAUGCCACUGUAGCUGUCAUUGAUACCGUGACUUCAAAUGGGAUGCCAAAUGGCGAGGAACAAUCUACUAGGCUGGACGGGUCACCCAAUGGAUCUAAGAUAGCUGAUGAGGUGCGUGCCUCUAGCUGUUCUCAGCAUGCACCUGGUCAUUUGCAUGAUCUAAAGGACAGUCUUCCACCUAUAUCUAUGAAGAUGAAAAUACGUUCAAAGAGGAUUUCAAGGGAUCCCGAAGCACCGCUGAAGCAGGAAACGAAAUCAUUGGCAGCAGAUCAGGAGAAUGGUGGAGCUGAUGCAAUACUCGUUGGUUCUGCAGACAAUAAAUGUGACACUGCAUCAGAAAUACACGUGGAUGAUGGCGUGGUUAGAACAGAUUUAAUCAUGAGAGAUGAACCUGAGCAGGAAUCAAAUCCUCAGAUGAAUGAUCCUGUCUCAACUGCAAAUGAUUCUCCGGGGUCAAGUUCAUAUCCCAAAAAGAUGUUUGAUUAUGUUUACAGAAGAUCGAAAUUACGCAAACAAAAGAGUAUGUCUGGUGGGGAUGCCAGUGUCACUCAAGAAACGACUCGGGGUUCCUGUAGUCAGGAUCAGAAUACGAGCGCAAAUUCCCAUGAAGCUACCACUAAUGGGUUCCAUGGGACUCAGUCCAAUGGAUUGCAAAACUUGACUGGUGGUUCAACACAGAUGUCAGAAAAAAUACAAGAUUCACUGGAUUCGGGUACAGAUAAUCAGAACAGUUCUGCUGCAGGAAGACACCAAAACCCUCAAGAAGAAUGGGGAUCGACUUCUAGAGGAACAGUUCGGCUGAGGUCCACAAGAAACAGAAGGUCUAGCUAUCAUUUUAGUGAAACUAAGCCUGUUGACAAGAAGAAACAUCAGCAGUUAACAGAAAAGGUAUCGUGGUUGACUCUGUCAACAAACGAGGAGGGUUCCCGCUAUAUUCCACAAAAAGGGGAUGAAGUUGCGUAUUUGAGACAGGGGCAUCAAGAAUACUUGAACUUUAGCUCCUUGAGGGAAGUGGGUCCUUGGUCCUCAAUAAAGGGUGGGAAUAUAAGGUCGGUGGAGAUUUGUAAGCUCGAAAGCCUCGGAUAUUCAACACUUCCUGGUUCUGGGGACAGCUGCUGUAAAAUGAUACUGAAGUUCGUUGAUCCUGAAUCUGAAGUGUUUGGUAAAUCGUUCAAACUGACUCUGCCCGAGGUGGUGACGUUCCCAGAUUUUCUUGUGGAAAGGAGUCGAUAUGAAGCAGCGAUACAGAGGAACUGGACUUGCAGGGACAAGUGUAAGGUAUGGUGGAGAAACGAAGGGGAAGAAGACGGAAGCUGGUGGGAAGGUCGGAUUCUGGCUGUGAAGCCCAAAUCACCAGAUUUUCCGGAUAGUCCAUGGGAGAGGUACACAGUUAAAUACAAGAGUGACCCAGCUGAGACUCAUCUUCACAGUCCCUGGGAGCUUUUUGAUGCUGAUACUAAGUGGGAACAGCCUCACAUUGAUUAUGAGGGCCGAAACAAGUUGCUUUCGGCCUUUUCCAAGUUAGAGAAUUCCGGCAAAAGAUCUCAGGAUUCAUAUGGCGUUCAAAAACUGACCCAAGCAAUGAGCAAAUCCAGCUACACCAACAGGUUCCCAGUUCCAAUAACGUUGGAAGUGAUUCAAGAGAGGUUAGAGAAAAACUACUACCGGAGUGUGGAAGCGUUGAAGCACGACGUGUCGGUGAUGCUGUCCAAUGCAGAAACGUUCUUCAGCAGAAACCCUAGCUUGACUGCCAAAAUACACCGCCUUUCAGACUGGUUCGACCGUACACUUUCUUUGUAGUUUCUUUCUUAGAUUCUGUAGAUAGAUCCUGCCUUUUUUUUUUCUUCUGAUUCUCUCAAAUCAUCUAGGGUUUAGGUUUUUUUUUUUCAAAUGGAAAGAAGGAAGUAGGUCAGUUGAUAUUGGAAAUUACCUUUGCCGCAAGAAAGAGAAUUCCUCGGCAUUAUUGCAUAGAGAACAAAAUUGAUUUGAGUAGGAAACCAAACUUUCGCUCUCAGAGUCAAGACUAGUAUUGUCAAAGAAACUACAAUCGUGUAUAUGAUCAUUAUAAAUUUUUUUUA